AUGGCCGCAGCACCAUCGCGUGGACGAACUAGACCGAUGGAUCGCUCCACCACUUCGAGUGGUGGCGAGAAGAAGACAUUUGUAUUUGGUUCGUCCACUCCACGUGAUCUCUCCUACAUGGACAGUGUACCGGCGACUCUACGAGCCUACGACAGUAAAGUAAAACCAGCGCCACGGGCCAAGAAUGAAACACUGGCGCACUACAUGCGACAGGCUCGAUCGGUCACAAGAAAUCAGUCAGGUCUGUGA